CUUAUAUUCUAAUAUGUACGUAUAUUCACACCAGGGGAUUCCAGACAUAUAGCCGUCCGCAGACCCGACUAUAACAUUGUGCCUCCUCAAACCAACCCAUCAUAUCAUCAUCAUCAUCAUCACACUGCACCGGAACCAGGUGUUGCCUGGUUAUUGACCUAACAAUGUCUUCUCAACGCCGACCUAUCCGGAUCGGGAACUGCAGUGGCGCAACAGGGGACGGACCGCUGGCCCUGCGUCGGAUAGUAAGAGAAGGGCCCGUUGAUGUGGUGACCGCGGAUUACCUGGCUGAAGUAAACAUGGCGUGGCUCGCACUGGAGAGACGGCAAGAUGUUACAAAAGGCUACGAGAAGAGCUUCCUGAAGCAGCUCGACAAGGAGACGGCGCACAUCAUCGCCAACAAGGGCAUCAAGGUAAUCCACAACGGCGGUGCGCUCAACCCGGAGGGACUGGCCAAGGCCAUCGAGGCCCAGCUAGCCGACUUCGGCGUGACGACACUGAAGGUUGCCUACGUCAAAGGCGACGACCUCUUGGGCAUCUUCGACGAGCUGAAGACGCCGGGAAAGGUGGGCCAUCUCGACACCGCGGGGCGAGACUUGUCCAAGUUUGACAACCCCGCCCUCAGCGCGAACGCCUACAUCGGCAUGGGCGGCAUUGUUGCCGCCCUCGAGGCGGGCGCCGACAUUGUGGUCUGCGGUCGGUGCUGUGAUGCAAGCCCGCUCAUGGGCGCCGCUGCGUGGUGGCAUGGCUGGGACGAGACAAAACUCGACGAACUGGCCCAAGCCCUCAUUGCCGGACACUGCAUCGAGUGUGGCUGCUACGCCACUGGAGGCAACUUCUCCGGAUUCAAGUCCAUCCCCAACAACUGGAACCAAGGAUUCCCAAUCGCAGAAAUCAUGGCCGACGGGACAUUCGAUAUCUACCUCCAAGACGGAGCCAGGGGCAUGGUCAGCAGAGACACGAUCACGGCCCAGCUCGUCUAUGAGAUCCAGGGCCCGUACUAUCUAAACCCGGACGUCAUUGCCGAUAUCCAUAACGUCAAGGUGACCAACAAAAGCAAAAACAGGGUGACGGUUUCCCAAGUCCGCGGAAUGCCGCCGCCGCCGACUACCAAGCUUGCGGUCUGUGGUCUCGGUGGUUUCCAGGUGGAAGUAUACCUCUUCGCGACAGGCCUGGAUAUUGCCGAAAAGCUUGCAGACUUCCAAGGGAGUCUGAACGAGAACAUCCACAACAGCGCGGACUAUCGGGUCCUUCGCGUCGACCAGUACGGCGUGCCACAGCAGAACCCCGCAUCUCAGGCGCUCGCCACGUGCAUGUUCCGCGUGUUUGGUCAGGCCGACAAGGCCGAGACUCUCUCGACACUCCCGCAGGCAAUCGGCGGUUACGGACUGGGCGGCUAUUGUGGCGAACACAGCUGCAUGGACUUCCGUAUGAUGACGCCGCGCCCAUUCAUCGUAUACGAACCUUUCCUGGUCGAAUACAGCCGCCUAUCCGUGCAGAUGGUGUUAGGCGGCCAGACCGUCGACGUUCCUGCACCCUCAGGGGUAGCUCCCUUCGGCGGCCAGAAGCUCUGUGACUCGCAGUCCGGCUUCGUCGCAGACAAGUACGGCCCUACCAAGACAGCACCGUUGGGCUACAGAGUGCACGCCCGGUCCGGAGACAAGGGUUCCAAUGCGAACGUCGGUUUUUGGGCACUCGAGGACGAUGAGUACGAAUGGCUCCGGUCGCUUCUCAGCGUUGGCUCGUUCAAGAAACUGCUUGCCGAUGACUACAAGGACUCGUAUGUUAUUGAACGGUUUGAAAUGCCCAACAUCCGCUGCGUCCACUUCCUAGUCAAGGGCGUCCUGGAAGGAGGCAUCAGUUCUAGUUACAGGCUGGACGGCUUGGCCAAGAGCUUUGGGGAGUUCCUCCGUGCAAAGCAUGUCGAGAUUCCCACAAAAUUUCUAGAAAGGGGCAUAAUUUGAAGGGCGCCAUGGCCUGGCCUGGUAGAACACGCGGUUUUGCACAGCAGGUAGUGAUAACUACACAAUAUUCCACGCCCCAUGUAAUACUCUUCAGCCACAAUCCAUAUCUAUGUCCAGGGUUGGUAAAUUCGUCUUUAGUCUCUCCUGUUUCUUAGCCACGGGACUGGGGUUUCGACACCACCUUGGCCUCGCUGGAGAUUGGGAGACUCAUCAUACUGUAUGCCGAACGCAUUGACUUGGAUUCGCCCGGUCGAAACGGCUUCGUUGUCUUUUAAGCAAACAUUAUCUCCGGCGGGAUGUUAGAAGAUGGGAACUGCUUCGUCCAGUGCCAAAUCAUAUGCCGGCUACCCAUCUCCCGUCCAUUUUCUGGGUCGUCCUGAGGCA